GAUGGACGGAGCUGCUGGCACCAGCCCCGCCCGCGCCGAGCUUGGCCAUGUGUGGACCGAACACAGGCGGGCAGUGUGCCUCCUGCCCCGUGUGCUGCGCGUGACGUGGGCUGAGGGCAGCCUGGGACAGCCUGCUAGUCCAGCCCCCCAGCCCGCCCAGCCCUCCCGCAGGACUGGCUUCGGUGUCCCAGGCCACGCCGGCUGCGGGGUCCCUCUGCUCUUUUGAAGGCUCCAGAAAACCUUGGUUUCAGACCAAGGACUCCGAGGAUGAAGGCCCCCCGAUGGUGGCUGCUUGUCCUUGCGCUCACGGCCGUGGGCCAUUGCCUGGCCCUGGCCAACCAGGAGGACUCUGGGCCCAUGCCCGGCCCCCAGGACGGGCCUCCCGGGCCGGCCCUGCCCUGCCAUAAGCUCUCUGUGAGCAACAUAGACUUUGCCUUCAACCUCUACAGACAGCUGGCCUCCGAGGCCCCGGGAGAGAACGUCCUCUUCUCCCCGGCCAGCAUCUCCCUGGCCUUGGCCACGCUCUUCCUCGAGGCCCCUGCCGCCAGAGCCCUGGAGGGCCUGGGCUUCAACCUCAGCCUGGUUUCCGAGGCCGAGAUCCAGGAGGGCUUCCGGGACCUGCUGCUCAGGCUCCCCGUGCAGAGCCCCCCGCUCCUCCUGACGGUGGGCCAGCGCAGGUUCCGCGGCCUGGGCCCGGGGGCCGCCCGGGGCCCGGCGGCCGCCCAGACGGACAUCCGGGAGCACGUGGAGAAGCAGACCCAGGGGCAGCUUGGCGCCUGGGUGGAGGAACUCAGCGACGCCACCAAGGAGGUCCUGGUGAGUCACCUGCUCCUCAGAGCCGGAUGGGCGCGGCCCUUCGACCCGAGAGCCACGGGCCCGAAGGAGUUCUUUGUGGACGAGCGCAGGGCCGUGCCGGUGCCCAUGAUGCGGCAGAAGGCCCGCCACCGCCUGCUGCACGACCGCGAGCUGCAGUGCACGGUGCUGCAGAUGGCGCACGCCGCCAACGCCUCCACCUUCUUCGUCUUCCCGCGGCCCGGCGCGCUGGCGCAGCUGGAGGACGCCCUGCUGCCCGAGACCCUCAUCAAGUGGGACCGGCAGCUCCGGGCCAGAGAACUCGACUUCCACUUCCCCAAGUUCUCCAUCGCCAGCACGGCCCACCUGGAGCUGCUCCUCCCAGGAGCGGCUGUUCAGCCCGGCCUGAACGUCUCCAAGGUUGCACACAAGGCUGCGAUGACGCUGGACGAGGGGGGCACAGAGGCGGCUGCCGCCACCAGCAUCCAGCUCACGCCGGGACCCCGCCCCGACCUCGACCCCUCGCCCGCCCCCGACACGGAGGAGUUCAACCGGCCCUUCCUGCUGAUGACCUUCCACACGGGCACCGGGAGCCUGCUGCUGCUGGGGAAGGUCGUGAACCCGCUGGGGUGACGGGCUGGCUGACCCCAGGGGUGCGGGACCGGUCGGCAUCCGGGUCCUCGGGGCCACGCGUCCCCCGGGGGCCGGGUCCCUCUCCGUCUGGAGGCGCAAUGGGGCUGCCUCCACGCCGUGGGGGCUCAGGGCCCCUCGCACUGGCCU